CAUAAAUUCAUCAUCAUCAUCAUUAUCAUACUGCUAGAGGGAGAAGCAGAAGAAGAUUCGCCCGUGACGCAGCAGGGAGCAAGCAAGGGUCGCUGUUCCAGGCAAAAAAAAAGCGCUGCCGAUAUCGUGAUUACUAUUGUCACCGUCGACACGAUGAGCUCGACCUACAGUCAUGCCCAAAGACGUUCGCGAGGUGGCGACUGCGAAUUUGAAGCACCGCAUCUGCAGCCGCAUACAACGGCCCCGCGGUGUCCUCCAGCGCGGCUGGUCAUCCAGGCGAACGAACCGCCGAACUCAGGGCCGCCAUCGUCACAGCCAGCGCCUCCAGCAGGCUCGCGUUCCACUUCAGUCCGGUCCUCGCCCCAGCCUGUGGCUUCGGUGGCGGCUUCGACUUCGACCUGGUGCAGAACCCUGUCGCCGCCGCCGCCGCCUCCUCCAGAGGUUGAGCCAGGUGUUGAGGCCCACUCGCUGGAAGAGCCCCGUGUCGCUGCCGUGGGCACCGACGUGCUGCUAUCGGUGGCGUGCCUGCUGUCGGUGCUGGUAGGCCUUUUGGCGCUGGCAGUGGCCCUGGAGGCGCUGCUGCUGCGUGUACUCAACCUGGACGCACCCGCUUCGGCGGCCCAGCACACCACUAGGCCGCCGCCUCCCCCUGCGCGACAGCCCAGGCUCCAGAGGCACCAGCAGCAGAUGCACCACGAAGAGAAGUCCAGCGGCGGCGAGGAGCGCACUGUGCUGUCAUCGCUGCCGAACAGUGCGUACCAGUCCAGCCGCAAGAUGUUCUGCGUGUUCAACGGAUCGCCACGAAAUGGAAGCAGCUUACGCCGCGGCUACGGACUCGACUUCUUCCCGCACCAGCUGUGCACGGAUGCGGUGCUGUGCUGCGCGGGCCUCGAGCUGACCACCCUGGAGCUCGACGUGGACAGUGCGCAGGCGUUGCGCUUCGCCGCAUUACGCCUCACCCAUGCCCAGCUCCGACUAUGGCUUUGCGUGGGUGGCGACGAAACGCGCAGCAAAGGCUUCGGGCGCGCUGCCGAGGACGCCGAGGCUCGACGCCGGCUAGUGAGCGGCGCCAUCGGCUGGCUCCAAGAGUCCGGCUUCCAGGGCCUGCUGCUGCACUGGGCACUGCCAGGGCCCCAGCGUCCGCAGCAGCUGGUUAGAAUCCUCGCGCCGCUCAAGGUGGCGCUCGACCUCACAGAUCAGUCGUUGGGUGCUGUGAUUCCGCUAGACGACGAGCAGCGCGCGCGCUUCGAUGCCCCGGCCGUAGGCGACCUGCUCGGGCACCACGCUGUGCUCGUACUGCCGGACGGGUCCGCGGCUUGGCAGUACAACCGCACCUUCUUGCCCUACUCGCAGCAGGUGGUCGAGCAGUACGCGCGUGCAGCCGACGAGCUUUCGCACGAGGCCUGCUACCUGGUGACACUGAGCGGCUCGUCGCUGGUGCUAGAGGACCGCAACAUGUGGGAGGUCGGGGAUCCCGCCCGAGGGCCCGGCACCCUCGGCAACGGCUCCCAGCCAGGCCUGGCGGCACUCGACGAGGUCUGCAUGCUCCAGUGGGUCGGUUCUAAGGUGAAGCGGUACGGCACGUACUCCCGCCUGGGCACCCAGUGGGCGGGCUACCUGACCGCGGGCACGCUGCGGGAACUGCUGGCAGACCUGGCGAACGCCACGAGCUCGCGCGGCGCCGCCGCCUGCCUGGGCGUAGCCGAUCCCGAGUGGGACGACUUCGCGGCAAGGUGCCGGCCGGGGUUGCGCUUCCCGCUCACCAGGGUGGUGGCCGCUGCGGCGCUCGGUAUCAAGGCCCUAGCUGAGGACGAACCGGUUUCAGCGCCAACGUCUCCAGCCUCUUCGUCUACGACUACGACAGUGCCGAGGGAUGAUGCCCUCAUCGGGGCUUGAUCGGAUGCGGCAUGCCAUAUGGAGACAUUAGGCACCUGCAGGUUCUUGCAGUCACGUGUUCAGCGGUCGCGUAGCAAGAUGGCGGACAUAACGCGCUGCUAUUCCUGUAUAUAUAUAUUCUUCGCUUUGUUUCUAUUUUGAUUGCUUUUAUUUGUCUUAUUAUUUGAUAAAAUGCGGUCUGACCUA